AAAAAGUUAAAACCUCACUCUCGUAAUCAAUCGUAGCAAUGGCGCCCAAAGCAGACAAGAAACCAGCAGAGAAGAAACCGGCAGAAACCACCACCACCGCCGCUGCAGCAGAGAAGAAGCCAAAAGCCGGGAAGAAGCUUCCCAAGGAUCCCGCCGUUGCCGGAGACAAGAAGAAGAAGCGUUCGAAGAAGAACGUCGAGACAUACAAGAUCUACAUCUUCAAGGUUCUGAAGCAGGUUCAUCCCGACAUCGGAAUCUCGAGUAAGGCAAUGGGGAUCAUGAACAGUUUCAUCAACGACAUCUUCGAGAAACUUGCCGGCGAGUCUUCCAAGCUUGCGAGGUACAACAAGAAGCCGACGAUUACUUCAAGGGAGAUUCAGACGGCGGUGAGAUUAGUCUUGCCUGGAGAGUUGGCGAAACACGCUGUUUCUGAAGGGACCAAGGCGGUGACCAAGUUCACGAGCACUUAGAUCUGUAGUGACUUGUAAUGGUUUUUAAGUCUAUUAAAAUGUUGUGUAAUUUGGUGAUUAUGGCUUUUUUUUUUGUAUGGAACAGAUAUUUAAAUGA